AUGGCGCCAUCUCCUCACCUUGCAACUGCCCAACGGCACGACCUCUCCGCUCGCUCCUCUCCUUCGCAAUCUCUACGCGCAACCAGCCCCUCACAGACAUCUGUCGAGGUGUUGGUGUCAUACUUGGUCGCCUCCAAGCGCUCCUUAGGCAGUAUCCACCUUGUUCACCGUGCUACGACCAUUCUCUCCGAAGCACGCGUCUCCAUCGAAUCAACGACGGCUCUGCUCGCGAAGGCCACCUACCUGCGUCGCUCCUUGACAUCGCAGCUGAAAGUCCUGCGUGGCGUCCAAUUCGAGUUAGAAACUGCUGCCCAAGGCAUCCAGCUAGAGUUCCAGGCUGUCAUACGGGAGCUAGAUGAAACUGGCGCGAGGUUGCUGCAAUGCAUAGACCUCUUGAAACAGACAAAAAUCGAGCAUGCCUUCAAGGUGGCAACGGAGGGCGAGCGGCAAGAUGUUGCAGGCAAAGACACCCUACACGACUUUGUCGAUGACAAUGGCGUCGAGACCAUCAAGCAAGCCAUGGAAGUAGCCAUAGACAAUGUACAGAAUGCGCAACAGGAAAUGAACGAUUCCAUUCAAACUCUGGAGGUGGAUCUACAAUCCAUCAAUGAAGUCCUAAACAGCAGAGGUGACCUCUCUGGUACCGAGAGCGAAGUGCAGCAGCCUCUCAAUAUUGCAGGCACUCUCACCCUCCUCGAGAACCACGCUCACGAGAUGGCGCGAGGUCUUGAGAGCCUGGUCAAGCACUUUGAUCUCUGCGUCACAGCCAUCAAACACACCGAGGGAGGUGGAGAAGCCGUCUUUCAAACCAUGAAUGCAGAGGAGGUCGAUGCAGUCGGGCUUGGUAUGGACGAACUACAAGCACCUGCCCAACCCAUGAAUGACGAGGAAAGAAUAGAAAUGCUUCAGGUAUUGGAAAAUGACGCUCAAGAAGUCGACGAGGUAGUCAUGGAGUUGCAAGACCGAAACGCCGAAAUGGAAACACAGCUAGACAAGAUCCACCGAUGGCAGGAAAGGCAGGAAAACGUCUAUGCAGAUGUGGCUACAGCUUUCAAGCUUCUCGAUAAGAUCUCGGGACGUUUGUCCGGAUACGUCGCCGAGACAGCACGCCACGCGAUGAGGUGGAACGAAGAAAAAGCCAAGAUCGAAGACGGCAUAGGUGGCAUGGAAGAGCUUUGCGAAUAUUAUGCACACUUCCUCCAUGCCUACGACGGUCUUAUUGUCGAGGUCGCAAGGAGAAGAACAGUCAAGAAACAGAUGGAAAGAAUUGUCGCCGAGGCACAUGCUCAGCUGGAGCAGAUGUACGAGUCCGACAGACGGUUGAGGUUAGAAUUCAAGACGGACCACGGCGAGUACUUACCAAGUGACAUUUGGUGCGGCGUGAACACGUUACCUGCGAGGUAUGUCAUCACCAGAGCAGACGAGGAAGAUGCCGUCAGCGUGCCUGAACUGCCGCGGCGGGCUGUGGAAGAAGCGCUCCGGAGAUUGAAAAAUGGCAACAGUGCAAGGGCGGGAAGGUGA